CUGCUGACCAUCUCUAAUGUUCCCCUGGCUGACUGCCCCCCCUCUCCUCCGCGCACCGCACCCCCCACCAUGAAGUCUGCCCAUUUCUUCGACAUGAUGGAGAAGAUGGAGGAUGACUACAUCCCAUACCCCAGGAUAGAGGAGGUGCUGGAGAGGGGUGGUCCGUACCCCCAGGUGAUCCUGCCAGAGUUUGGGGGAUACUGGAUCGAGGACCCUGACGCCAUCGUCCCCACACCCCCUUCUCGGUACCCCAACCUGUGUGACAGGGGGGACGAUGGAGGGGAAGGAGAAGGGCAAGAGGGGGACGCUGCCCUAGUGGGUUAUGGGUACCGGCUGGAGAGUAACGACGCAGCACGCGCCUACAGGAAGCACUUCCUGGGCAAGGACCACUUGAAUUUUUACUGCAUGGCCAGUAGUCAUGGCAACCUCAUUCUGUCUGUGAAACACGAGGAAGUGAAGGGUCAGGAGUAUCUACAUGUCAUCCUCAGGUCUAGGAUGAAAACAAUGUAUGAUAGGAUCUCUCUAGCAGAACUUCCUGAGCUGCCUAGUGUCCCUCAACUAGCCAAGCUGCUGUGUGAGGAUGCUGUUGGUCUCAGAUUCAGUCCAGUUCUGUAUCCCAAGGCCUCUCAGCUUAUAGUGAGCUAUGAUGAACAUGAGGUGAACACCACCUUCAAGUUUGGGGUCAUCUACCAGAGGUUUGGACAGGUUUCGGAGGAGGAGUUGUUUAGGAACAGUGAGGAGACACCAGCCUUCACUGAGUUCCUCAGUUUACUGGGAGAGACUGUAGACCUACAGGACUUUAAAGGGUUCCGUGGUGGUCUGGAUGUGUGUCAUGGUCAGACAGGUUCACAGUCGGUCUACACAGACUACAGAGAACAGGAGAUCAUGUUCCACAUCUCUACCAAGCUGCCCUACACAGAGGGAGACAUGCAACAGCUCCAGAGGAAGCGACACAUAGGAAAUGACAUCGUAGGAGUGGUGUUCCAGGAAGAGGCCACACCCUUCGUAGCAGACAUGAUUGCCUCAAACUUCCUCCAUGCCUUCAUACUGGUGCAGGUGGACAACCCCUGUACCCAACAAACCACCUACAAGGUGUCAGUCACGGCCCGAGAGGGUGUACCUUCAUUUGGCCCGCCCCUCCCCAGUCCAGCAGUGUUUAAAAAGGGUCCAGAGUUUAGAGAGUAUCUUCUUACUAAGUUGAUCAAUGCAGAGAAUGCCUGCUACAAGAGUGACAGAUUCGCCAGGCUGGAGGAGCGGACGCGGGCGGCCCUGCUCGACGGUCUACAUGACGAGCUGCACAGACACACACAGCGCAUGCUGGGAGUGGGCAUCAGCCCCGAGGAGGAGCGGGCGGAGAAUGGACACGGCCACGGAGGACUGCUGGAGUCCAUCAAGAGGGCGAUGCGAGGAAGGAGUGUCUCCAUGGAGAUGAUGGCAAAGGGUGGAGGAGGUGGCCUGUCCACCAGUCUGAGUGGAGGAGUUCUGCUCCACAGCAGCUCUGAUGCAACUAAUGUUAAGUCUCCAGUGAAACGUCGCUCUGGUCUUUUCCCUCGUCUGCUCAGUAUAGACAGCCAGACAGAGAGACAUAACCACAAUCAUCGCAGUCUCCAUAGUGACCAGAGAAGCUUUGAUACUGGCCACCCCACGCAGGAAGUGAGGUCAGAGACCCUCUCUAACCCCAGCUCUCCAGAGGCCUCCCUUAAGGAAAGGCCCAUCAGUGUAAAGUUGAAUGAGUGCAGUGCCAGUAGGACUAACGUCUCAUGCUCCUCAUCUAGUACAAGUAGCUUCAGCAGUGCAGCAGGAGAGGGAGAGGCCCCCGACACUGACCCUGUGAGUGGGACCUUGUUCCCUUCUGUUCACAGCCCCUCCCUCACUGUUGAAGGUCAGAGUUCAGGGACCCCUGUCAUUAUGUGUCGCAGCCCCACAGAGUUAAAGAAUAAGAGUUCUCCUAGAUCCAACUUGAAGUUCCGUUUUGAUAAAUUGAGUCACUCUGCAGCAAUCCUCUACCACUUCAACCUCGACUUCCAAUACUACGCCAACGACAACCAGAUCUACCUAAGCAGCAAAUCCCUCCUCAACCUAGCCUGGUACGAACCAUCUUGA